AUGAAGCACCAACUCGAGAAUGAGAAACAGAAAGCUGGCCAAAUUAAAACCAAAGGAAUACCUAAGGGAGGAAAGAAGAUAUUCAUAGCAGUUAUGGGACCUACUGGGGCAGGAAAGACUUCUUUUAUCAAUCUUGUCAGUGGCUCGAAGCUGCGUAUCGGGGCGGGUUUGCAAUCAACAACAGACCGCAUCCAACUGUCGCGGCCGUUCCAGCUGGGCCAGGACACCAUCACUCUGAUUGAUACCCCAGGUUUCGACGAUACAUCGAAAAGUGACGUUGAUAUAUUGACCCUGAUCGCGAACUACCUUGAAUUGACUUUCAAGAAGAAACAAGUGCUCACCGGCGUAAUCUACUUGCACCGUAUAACCGAUAACAGGAUGGGGGGAAUUGCAUUGCGCAACUGGAAGAUGUUCAGCCACCUAUGUGGACGCGCUGCACUGGCCAAUGCAGCCAUUGUCCUAAAUAUGUGGAACCAAGUCAGCGAGGUUGUCGGCAACGCUCGAAAAACAGAGCUCGUCAGCAAAGAUAUUUUUUUCAAGCCAGCAAUCGAUGCGGGUGCUAAGGUGUUCACGCACAACAAUACCCUCGAUUCUGCUCGUGAGAUCUUGCGCGAUCUCGCUGGCAAAGACCCAAAGCCGUUGUCGAUCCAAAUAGAGCUCAUCACAGAACGCAAACCUGUUCGCCAAACAGCUGCCGGAGUUGCUCUGUUGGGAGAUCUGGCGGAGAAGGAGCGGAAGCAUCAGGAGCAGAUCCAGGAGUUGCGGAAGGGAAUCGCGGAAGCAAUCAGGCAGAAGGACGAGGAGGAUAGAAAGGAUCUAGAAGAAGCACGGAAGAGGUUGGAGGAUGCAAUCACACGCCUGGCAGCUCAACAGCAGAGCCUGAAGACUGCCAGACCGCAGAAGAACGCAAAUAUAAAGCUGCAGCAGAAGAGGCGUUGGGGUUGUCUAUCGUGUAUGUCAGCAAAGCAGCUCGAGUAA